AUGUUGGAACAAGUCAAAGCAGGUAAUUUCGUUCAGGAUUUGAAAAUGGAUGUUUUGCAAGCGAUCUUUGCAAAUAUUUCAGAAGAUUUUUAUGAAGCUAGCGAUUUAAGGCUUGAAGGUCUUAUUAGAUCACUAAAUACUCUCUGUCUUUCAAAUACAAUGAAAACUGAUAAAUUCUUGAAUUUUAAUGGUGAGGAUAUUGUUUACAAAGUUUCCUUGAAAGAUCAAAUCUUUAAGGAGCUGGCUUAUGUGUUCAGAAAUGAUGAAAGUGUUGAAGUUAUAGAUGAAGAAAAUAGUGAGGUAAUGGAUAAAGAGGAUGACGAUAGUGUGAAACCUGCAGUUGUUAGUAAUAGCUCAGCAUUAAAUAGCUUAGAAAAUGUUCGGAUGUUUUUACUUCAGCAGGAAGGCUCAAGUGAUCAAUUAAUUUUCUUGAGAAAUUUAUUAGAAGAAUUAUGUCAGAUAAAACAAAAGCAAUAUAAGGUUAUUAAAAAACGUAAAACUAAUCAUGAUGAAUUUGCAAAAAGAAUUUCGUUUAAAGAUAUCAAGUUUCACAACAUUUUGAAAUUAGUUAAAGAUAACGAAAUUACUUCUAAUAUUCAUUUAGAUUAUACUAAUGCUGGUUCUUCAAGUGUAGCUAAUAUGGAUGAACUUUCCAAUAGUUUAGCCAAUAUGUCAUUUGAAUUUGAAACUAAUAAUGAUAAUUCGAAUAGUUUUGAAUUAGAUCCUGCUGAUAAUUUACUUGAGAGACUUGAAAACA